AGCCCCCCAUAACAUAACCAGGUUUGUGGUGUCCGGGUUUGACCCUCUGUGGAUGCUACUGUCUCCUCCUGUCACUGCAGUUUCUUUUCUCCUGCUUCUCCUCCUGACUGGAACCAGUCAUGACUUUCUACAGACACUCAGGUCCCAGGAGUUACCUCACCUCCACCAUGACCGACCGCUUCGACUGCUACUACUGCCGUGACAACCUGCACGGGAAGAAAUACGUGAAGAAGGACGAGAAGCACGUGUGCACCAAGUGCUUCGAUAAGCUCUGCGCCAACACCUGCGCCGAGUGCAGACGCCCCAUUGGUGCAGACGCCAAGGAGCUGCACCAUAAGAACCGCUACUGGCACGAGGACUGUUUCCGCUGCGCCAAGUGCUACAAGCCGCUGGCCGCUGAGCCGUUCAGCGCCCGGGACGAUGGCAAGAUAAUGUGUGGCAAGUGUGGCGCCAGGGAGGAUGGCAACCGCUGCCAGGGCUGCUACAAGGUGGUCAUGCCAGGAUCCCAGAACGUGGAGUACAAGAACAAGGUGUGGCAUGAGGAAUGCUUCACCUGCUUUGAGUGCAAGCAGCCGAUCCGCACGCAGAGCUUCCUCACCAAGGGUGAGGACAUCUACUGCGCUCCCUGCCAUGACAAGAAGUUUGCAAAGAAAUGCUUCUGCUGCAAGCAGCCCAUCACCUCUGGAGGGAUCAGCUACCAGGACCAGCCCUGGCACUCCGAGUGUUUCGUGUGCAAGACCUGCCAUAAAACUCUGGCGGGAGCUCGCUUCACUUCCCAUGAGAACAACGUUUACUGCGUGGACUGCUUCAAGACCGACGUGGCCAAGAAGUGCCACGGCUGCAAGAACCCAAUUACAGGUUUCGGCCAUGGCACCAAUGUGGUGAACUACGAGGGAUACUCCUGGCACGAGUACUGCUUCAACUGCAAGAAGUGCUCCCUCUCACUGGCCAACAAGCGCUUCGUCAUCAACGGAGAUCACAUCUACUGCCCCGACUGCGCCAAGAAGCUGUGAGCUGCAGCUGUGCAGACGGUCGCUGUUUAAAGGGGAAUUGCACCAAAACUGACUUCUAGUUCUACUUUUGGGAGUUUUUGGAGCGUGGAUUAAUAACAGAAAUGUUAUUCUGUUUCUGAAUUAGCAUAAAAAUGUCAAGAGUCAGUUUUAGUGAAACUUCUUUCUAUGCAGCUGACGGUUAUUUCUACUAAAUAUGCAUUAGCCUGAAUCAUUUAUCUACAUAUACAUUAUUGCAACUUGGUCGAUGUUUGAUACUAACAUGGCAGCAGAGUGUCUUUUGUAGGAUUGUGAUGUGCACUAUUGGUCUAGUCUAAUUCAGGAUUCUGUGCAGCCGUGUGAGACAAACGUCUUUUCAGUGCCUUACUGGAAUCUUUCAGAGAGAAUAAUAUGCUUUUUACAUGCAUACUGCUGCUUUGAAUCAUUAUAUGUAACGUCUGAUGGCUUGAAUGGAUUUUGAAAAGUGACAAAAGCGUUUAGCAGGUUUGAUGCUGAAAUAUAAACUGCUCGUGUAUUCAAGACUUGUGAAGUUAACGGUCAAAUAAGAAUAAAGGAGGACGUGAUCUGAA